AUGUCAGAGAUAUCAAGUACUGGUGACAAUAUGGAGAAAAGGUGCAUGACAAAAGUCACAGAAAAUGUUGGGAAUGCAUCACAGAUCUCAAUUAUAGGUAACAGAACAAAAAAUGCAACUGAGAAGAGAAAGGCAUACUUUAAGGAGGUGAGGCAAAGAAAACGUAAAGAGCUAUGUAAGCAGUUAAAUGGAAAGACAAAUCAAGUCUUACAAUUAAUGACAGAUGAAGCAGACUUGAACUCACUGGGAGAAGUGACUGGCAUGGAGAGAAUGGAAGAAUUCAAAGAAUUUGAUCAGUUGGUAAGCAAGUCCAUGAACCUUGACUUUCCAGAACGCAGUAUUGAUGAUAGACUGUUCUUGAAGAUGAAGAUAUGGAUAACUAUGUUUUUGGUAUAUUCCUUGUUUAUGGCUGUAAAGAAGAGUGAAACAUCCCUUGUCUCGAUGUAUGGCAAAAAGAUGCAACACAAUGACGACUCCAGAGCGGUGAUUACUGAGACGAUCGGCAUUCCGAGUCUCAAUGCUUUUAGUGUCUGUAUGUGGUUGAAAUGUGAAUUGUCUCGUCAGUGGAAUACAGUGUCAUAUGCAGUAUCCAUUAGAACUAAUGAAAUAUCUCUAAUUGGGAUGUCUGGUUCGAAAAUUAGGCCGUUCAUAAAGAAUAUAAAUCUGGGCGAUUACAACCACCAGUUCACUGAUGGUGAAUGGCAUCAUCUUUGUAUGACAUGGAGAGGUAGUGACGGUGAAUGGCAACUUAUACAAGACGCAGUUGUAAUCGCAUCUGACAAUGGAGUUGAAACUGGUGAAUAUAUUGCUGGCGGUGGUUCUUUUAUUAUUGGCCAAGAACAAGAUUCUGUUGGCGGUUCCUUUGAGGCAUACCAAUCGUUUGUAGGGGAAAUAUCAAAUUACAACAUAUGGAACUAUGCCCUUUCAUUGACUGCAAUCAAUGACGUAAUAGAUUGUGGUUAUGUGGAUGGUAAUGUGUUUUCUUGGUCCAUGGAUAUAUUAUCAGUAUAUGAAAUGGAACACAUUGGCAAUGAUGACUCAUCAUGUGCUAGAAUAUGUGAAACACCACCCCACGUGACACAUGCAGAAUUGUCCACGCCGUGUUCAAAUGAGCAGUAUUACGAUAGUCAGUGUACAUAUAUAUGUGAUUUGGGUUACGAGGCUGUGACGUCAUUGGUUACAAGAUGUGGAUAUAAUGGGCACUGGUCUGUCAGUACAAUCAUUUGUGUCAUUACCACAUGUGGAUUACCGCCAAGUGGAACAAAUACUGGAUUCCCAUCAUGUACAAAUCACAUGAGUUACGGUAGCCAAUGUACAUACAAAUGCAAUACUGGUUACUAUGCUGUGACGUCAUUGAUUACGACUUGUAACAGCGAGGGGAAAUGGAGUAUUGACAUUAUCCGAUGUAAUAUUAUAUCAUGCUAUGAUGCACCAUUAGUGGUAGCUGCUGAAUUAUCGUAUUGUACAAAUGGUGUGAAUUAUGGUAGUCAAUGUACAUACAGAUGUCAUGUUGGUUAUGAAGCUGUGACGUCAUUGGUGACUUCAUGCGAGAGCAAUAUGCAGUGGAAUACUACACGUAUCGUGUGUAACGAAAGCAUUUCUCCUAUGGUGACAAAUAAGUAUAAUGCUACACAACCACUGACAGACGCAUCUAAUGAUGGAAAUAUUUCUACAGGUGUUCUCGUAGCUGUGGCAUUGGUAUGCUUGGGUAUGGGUAUAUUAUUGGGUUUAUUAAUAGGUUAUUUAAAACUAAGGCAUUACACGAAAAAGACUCCAAAUGACACUUGUGACACAAACGUGACAAAGGAGAACAACUACACCACAUUAAAUUUGAAUGGAAUUGUACCAAAUGUUUAUGAAGUAAUACAGAAGCCCCCAAACUAUCAAAAUCCAGCACAACUACGAUCACACUCAGAAAAUAUUUAG